AACACCGCCAGUUUCGGCAGCAGCUGACCCGCUCAGGACCUGGAGCUCUUUGUCCAUCCACCACCACCUGGACACCUCCCUUGGAGCUGUCUCUGCAGCAACACCACUUACACGAGCCAACAGGCUCUUCCUUGACGUGGGCGCAGCCACAACUGACCAUGAGCUAAAAGCCUGCCUGGCUUAGUGUGUUCCUCUUUUUCAAAGGUCUUUUGCGACAACAAAGAACAUCAUACAUCAUGGAUUCGGAUUCAGACAGUCCUUUCACUCCUGGACCCCACUCCUCGCCAGAGAGGCAGCACAUGCCCGGCGGCAGGAAGUCCCUCGAAGGCAUCGCGGUCCGCUCGUUCUGCCUUGGCAUGGUACUCGCCGCCAGCUCCUCGACGACGACGACGACGACAACAACAAGGACAUCGCCGUUCUGGAGACUGCCCUUCUUCUUCGCCAGCCUGGCAAUCUUCCACUUUCUCGAGUUCUACACCACGGCGCGCUACAGCACCGCCGACGCGACCAUCAAAUCCUUCCUGCUGACCGCAAACUGGCCUGCCUACGCGAUCGCCCACUCCUCCGCAUCCCUCGAGUGCCUCCUCACCAACCUCGCCUUCCCCCACCGGGCAAGCCCGUCUUCGCUAAUCUCCCUGUUCCUCACCCCGUUCCUGCCCGCUGCCCUGAUCCCGUCCCUCAACGCGGUCCUCCUCCUGGCGGGCAUCUCCCUGGUGCUGGUCGGCCAGGCCAUCCGCUCGGCGGCCAUGGCCGAGGCCGGCCCUUCGUUCAACCACGUCGUCCAGCACCGCAAGCGCGACACGCACGUGCUCGUCACGACGGGCUGCUACGCGCACCUCCGCCACCCGUCGUACUUUGGCUUCUUCUGGUGGGCCGUGGGCACGCAGCUCGUCCUCGGGAACGUGCUGUGCCUGGCCGCCUACGUCGCCGUGCUGUGGCACUUCUUCUCGAGCAGGGUCAGGGCCGAGGAGAGCUCGCUCGUCAGGUUCUUUGGCAGGGACUACGUCGAGUAUCAGCGGCGCGUGGGGACCAAGAUGCCUUUCAUAGGGUGAGGCAGGGGUAGCCCAAGGAGGUGGGGGGCGUGAGAGCAGGUGCAGCAUGAAAUAAAGGAUUGUUGAAUGAGGGUGGUGGUCAAGGGAGGGCUUGGUAAGCUGGCUUCCCAGGAUAUCGGUCUUGUCUUCGUCGUUGUCGUAAUCGUCACUGCGUUCCUUGUCGUAUGAGUCUGCCCUCGGCGGGCAGGCGAAGGACGCACACCAGGGGAAGUGCUUCGUGUACAAAUUCAUGGGCACAUAGUCCCAAUUAGAUGGGUGCGAACUAGCCAGAGAAGAAUAAAGUGCUCAAGUGCAUGAAACCACGCGUUUAGAGGGAGAGACGUCUCGAGCCCAUCACCUACGAGUUUCUGAGCAAGCGG